UACAUGACUUAUUAACCCACAAGCUGAAGCAACACUAUGGCAUGUUUACACUAUUAUUCCUUUCCCCCUCUCCUUUCUGUCAUCUACUAACUCUCUAUAGCUUCUACGAUGAGAUUGGCACUCCGCUGUUAUCCGACAUCCGGGUGGAAUACUCCGAGGAUGCUGUGGAAUACAUCACCCAGAACCUUUUCACAAACUACUUCAACGGCUCUGAGCUCGUUGUAGCCGGAAAACUGACCAAUCGCAGCGCAGACUCGCUGCACGUUCAGGUGACCGCCAGCAACAGCGAGAAGAGCAUCGUGCUGGAGAAAGACGUGUCGCUACACGAGCGAGAACAGGAAACCGAACGGCGGCUAGCGGAAGCAGAGGUGGGUCCGAACGCGGACGGUUAUGUGGAGCGACUGUGGGGAUACCUGAGCGUUAAAGACGGGCUAAAAGGACGACUGCGAAGCCAGACGAGCGGAGAGCGGGAAAACUACACGCAACACGCUACAAAUCUUUCGUUAAAGUAUCAUUUCCUCACGCCGCUCACGCAAAUAAUAGUGGAGAAACCACAAGUGCUGGCCGACGGAACUUUAGCACAGACAGAGGUGGAGGCCACAGAGGCUCCGCCCCCUCCCGAGUCGUCCAAUCAGCUGUCAGAAGACGACAACAGUCUAACGCAGAGAAAUGAACCGCCCAAGCCGAUUUCUGCAGUCGCCAAAGCAACAAGUGGCGUCAGCAAACCCGCCAAAAAGUCUGUCACCUUAUCCAAAACAUCCGCUGAUGGUGACCCUCAUUUUGUGGUGGAGAUUCCUCAAAGUAAACUGACUGUGUGUUUCAACAUUAAUGGGGAGCCAGGACACAUCCUGCGACUGGUGACUGACCAUAAACACUCAGGCGUGACUGUGAACGGUGCGCUGAUUGGUGCUCCUGCCCCAGCCGGCAGUCAUAAAGAACAGAGGACAUAUUUCAACAGCAUAACUAUUGUAGCCAAUAAGCCGAGGCGCUCCUACAUUGAGGUGACCCCACAAAAAGUCAUACUGGACGACCGUGACCGAAUGAUCCUACCAUCCAGCUCCAGUAUUUCAGUUGAAAGCACCAACCUGGCUGUGGUCCUCAUUGCGAACACAAACCUGACUGUAACCAUCCAAGGAAAUAUCCAAUUUGUCAUCUUAUUCCACCAUUACAAAAAUCCAGCGCCCUAUCAGCGAGAUCACCUGGGAUUUUACAUCGCUAACAGCAAAGGAUUGAGCAAGGAUACACACGGAUUGUUAGGCCAGUUCCUGUAUGAAGAGAUUGGAUUGACACAGCUUCCUGGAAAUUUCAGCAUGGCCGGAGAAAACAUCACACGGGAAACACAAGGGGAAAAUAUCACUUUACACAGUUACCCCGCACUAAAGGUAAAGGAUCGUACUGUCGCCGUCAUAAAGAAGAGCAGGCGAAUCUACUCUGGAAAGCAGACCGUAGACUGCUGGUUUGCCAAAAACAAUGCGGCCAAACUGAUCGAUGGACAAUACGCAGAUUAUGUUGUGUCGCAUCUGUUUGACAUAGGAGACUGGGUUAAUGGAACCAACACACACUGAGACACACACUCACACAGAGAGAGAGAGAGAGAGACUAUGAUAGGAAGAUACUUACACAAACACUUUAAAAACCAUCACAAAGAUCCAAAAGCAUGAUUUAUAUUCAGUGAUGAUGUGUGGACAUACUACUUCACUAUUUUUAUUGUAGUCAUCUACAAAUAUAUACUGUAUAUUUUUAGUUAAUAUAAUAAAGUUUUUGGAACUUAAUUUUAUACUAAUAAAUUAAAUGUUAACAAUAGACUAGAAGAGAUAGGUUGCAGAAGUGAUUUUUACAGACAAGAAAAAACUACCUCUGAGAUUAUGAAAUAUGUUUCUAAUUUUUAACGUCAUAUAACAAAGCAUUUUAUCGUUGAAUAGUCUUUGAAGUACUACACUACCCAUAAUCCUUAAAUGAGAUCCACCAAUCAGAGACAACACUGUAUUUAAAGAGGUAAUCACAGCAAUAUAACUCCAGUGUACAGACCGACGAGCGAUGGAUGGAUACUUUUUUUUUUGGCUAUUAAAUUUUAUUUGGUGAAAGAAAAAAAUUAAGUAAUAAAGUAACGUAAAAAAAUACUCAUUAUUUGGGAUGCACUACAUAUUGGUACCAUACUGGUUAUCAGCUAAUAUUAGUAAUUUGAAAAUAAAGUAGCACUGAAAAAUAAAAUAGUCAUUGAAAACUAAUAGGAUGUAUACUUCCAGAACCAUGACUACAUAAAAAGUGGGCAGUUGUGCCAAUCUAUUAGAAAGAAAUGUUAAACAAACCACACUAGCCUUAAUAGCUGAGAAACCUUUUUUCAAAUUUUUGGUUGAGUAUGACCUGUUUCGCCCCUGUCAUCAGACUGGGGUCAAAUGGUUGUUGGACACACCCCUUCCAGGUGUUCUUAAACCUAAGUUUGCUUAACUCUUAGAGCCCCUUUGUCACACAGGACUUUGUUGGCAGGUGCUCUUAAAAGUGCUCUGGAGACGUGAUCCUAACUUAAUGAUUAUGAUAAAAUGUGCAAAUGCACCCGCACACAAUACAAAAAAGUUAU